AUGCAAUUGUGUCAAUGCUUGGAUGAGGUGAGGAUCGAGUAUGCAGAGAGUGAGGCAGUGGCAUUGAUACAAAGAGGUAAGGAAAAGACUACAAAAGAUGUAAGGGACAAGGUAGAAAUCUCGUAUGCGCAAAUGUAUCGAUGGCAACAGAAAUUGCGAGACAUCUUGUGCCAAGAGAGUGGAGAGAAUGAAUGGCUCAUAGCGAUCAAUUUGAUGCCAUUUUCAAUUGAAGAGACAGCAAUGAUGUUGUUGGUGGCUGAACAACGACAUUGGACGUAUGUGGCUGUGGAUAUGCAGCUCUCAAUUGCUAGACAACUUUAUCUGCUACAACGUGCUGGAGUACGACAUCUUGUGACGACUGUGAAUAGUGGAUUGGUCAAAGCUCUUGUAGGGGAUGAGGACCGUAAAGUGGAAAAGUACAUCAAGUCAUGGACAAUUGAUUCAAAAACGAGUCCGUUUGUGGCUGUACAAGUGGUGGCAUUCCCGAGCAAUUACUUUGAGGCAGAAGUUAGUUUAACUUGGCAAAGACUGAGAGACUGUCAAGAGUUUGUAGCGCCGCUGUAUGUGCUUUUCACAUCUGGGACAACAGAUAAGGCUAAAAGAGUACUUGGGACACGCAAAGGUGCCUGGACAAGAUUGACAUGGAUGUGGAAGACAUAUCCAUUUUCUAGCUACGACGUAGGUAAAAGAACGAGUGAACGAGUGCUGCGAGCAACAAAACUUUCGUUUGUAGACUCGGUCUGGGAAAUCAUUGGUGCUUUCUUGCAACGUGUGCCGCUUGUUCACAUGCAAUCUCCACGGCAUCAAGUAGGCAGCAAUAUCCACUCUUGCACGACAAGUGUUGUGCUUGACAAUAGCCAGCGCUUUCUGGAAAUAAUCUGCAGCGAGACUGUGACCCGUUUCACUGCAGUGCCGAGUGUGCUGGAAGUUUUGCUGCUUCAAACGACAGAAAUCCAUCGGCGGUCUUACUUGGCUGGACUUCGCUAUGUGCUAAGUAGUGGCGAGUCACUGUCACUUCAUGUUCUGCAGCAACUCACGGCUAGUUUACCAGAGGUGACGGUUCUAAAUCUUUACGGUAAGGACAAUUCCGCUAACUCUAUCUACAGCUCGAGCUUAUUAAUUGUUGUGUUCAUAGGUAGCACGGAGGUGAGUGGUGAUAUCACGUGUAUGGAACUGAAGGCACCUUUCUCUACUGUUCAGAUGGCAGAUUGGCAAGAAUAUGGUGUCCCCAUCGCUUCUCUCGAUCAAUUUGGGGUCAUUGGUGGAAGCAAAACGUCCCUCGUUUUAGUACCAGAAGGUCUUGAUGAGAGUGCUCUUUGUUCAAGCAAUGAGUCAACAACAGUAAUCUGGCCGAAGAAGAGUAUUAGAGAGGUUAACGUAUUUACAGAGAUUGAUGAAAAGAGAACGAUGGGUGUCCUCUAUGUUUCAGGGCCACUUCUGACGUGUGGAUACUUGGGCGACAACCUUGAUAACGUUUUUGCUGGCUCGUAUUCAUUGUCAGAUCAUCAGAACGAAAGCAAUCGUAAACGAAUUGUGCAACCAAGUCGAUGGUUUUGCACAGGCGAUACUUGCUCAGCAGCUCGUGGACGUCUAUAUUUUUGUGGACGCAUUGACAAUGCUGUAAAAAUUCACGGACAGCGAGUCUACAUGGAGGCAGUGGAGCGUGCAGUAGCAUGUGCUCUAAAAGAAACGACAAGAGACCUACAGUUUAAUGAUCGAGGCCAGGUUUGCGCGUUUACAUUUGCCAAAGCAGUGACCAAACCAGCGCUUUUAAAAACAUGUAUCGUGGCUUGUAUCGUUUGUGACGAUAUGAGCAACCCUGCAAUCGCUCGAUAUUCUCCGACAAAAGCGUUUAAUGCUUGGAUGGGAGAAAACUACGGGACGUCACACAUUCCUCACGAAAUGCUCAUGUUGUCAACAAAAGCAGUGCCACGACUUGCUCAUGGCAAAAUUGAUCGGCGAGCGCUAGAGACAUUUGUCAAACAUUUCAUCAGUGACUGCAAUGUCGUACUGCCAAGACCGCGCAUUGAUAGUAAACCGGCAAGCACCCCAAACAACUUGGUUGCAAGACUUCUGAACGAGAUUUUAGAUAUUUCUCCGUCUAAUGACGUUUUCGACGACAAUCUCCACCGAACAUUCAGAGACUUAGGCGGAAAUUCGCUGCUUGCAACUCUGUUUGUGCACGAGCUUCGCAUAGAGCUCGAUGAACUCUCCUUCACUUCCCGGGACCUGCUUGAAAUGACGGUUGAGGACAUUAUGUCUAGAUGCGCUGUAAGCUUUCUAGCUCAAGAGCAUUCACGAAAAAUGAAGAAAGGGAAGAGCUUGAUGAAAUCUGUGAAGCCUUCAAGCAUCUUCAAUACAGUCACUACAGGUGCCUCAGGCAUUGCAGAUGAUCUCAAAAGACAGAAGAAAACACACCAUGCGACUUCAGAAGACAAUGUUGGCAGCUACCACCGUAGCAGUAGUCAACAAAGCAGAUUGAUGUUUGUAUCUCGCUGCAAUCACUCAUCGGCUAGUGUCAACGGUCUAUAUCUUCCCACAUGCUACACAUCUCUAUUAUCAUCGGCAAAAGAGACUGUUCUAGCAUCGUCAUCGUGCUUGUCGUGGGAAUUGCGAAGUUUGUGGCAAGUCAAUCUGGACAAGUGCAUCGAUGCAUCUCCUACUGUAGUACAGCAUCGCGAUCACAAAGGCUCUGUCUGCUCUACGUGGGCAAUUAUCGGCUCGCACUCAGCCCAGCUAGUUUGUGUUGAUGUGAUGAAAGCGGGGCAAGAAAUUUGGCGAGUUACACUUGAUGACCGUAUCGAAGCGUGCGCAGCUAUUAGUGUAAAGCACGAAGUUGUGUACGUGGGAACGUAUGCCGGAACUCUUUUCGCUCUGAGCCUGCAGUCUGGAUUAAUCCGUUGGAAGUUCCACGCAAAAGGAAUCAUCAAAGCUACAGCAUUGGUUAUGGAUGAUCAACGACUAGUCGUCGGUGGUGCAUAUGACAACAUGUUGUACGGUCUAGAUACUUUGACGGGUACACAGCGGUGGGUAAUCGACCUGCACGGUAGCAUUUUUGCAACACCUCUCUGCUGUGCUUGGUCGGGACAACUGUUCUCCGCUACAACGAACGGAAUUAUCGUGGCUUUGCUUUCAUCUUCCAACUUUGCCUGCGUCGAGGAACAAUGGAAGCUGAAGCUUUCAGCUCCCGUAUUUGCAGGAUUGAAUGCCGAUCACACUUCCAAGAUGCUGAUUGUAGGGUGCGCGGACGGACAGCUUUACGGAGCUUCGAUGGAUACCGGCAGCAUCCAGUGGAAAGUCUCGACCGAAAAACCAAUUUUUAGUUCGCCAUGCAUCUACCAACCCGGAUCAAUCGUGUUUGGAUCUCAUGACGGUAUGCUACGAAAGGCAGAUUGUCACAGUGGAAAACUCGCAUGGACUACCAACCUCUAUAGUGCAAUAUUUGCGUCACCGACUGUCGUUCGACUUCGACUUCCAACGAGAAGAAUAAAGCUGAGCGAACGCAAUGACGAUGAUCGCCUAAUUUGUUGCGUGACGACUACGGCUGGCGGUAUGUACUUCUGUGACGAAAGCACAGGGUCCAUUGUGUACCAAACGUGCGAGUCAACCGGUAAAGCCAUGAGCAAAGUUACCAGUGAGCAAUGCAAAGCUGACCUAGGUCCACUCUUCAGCUCGCCGGUGAUGAUUGACAAUUAUUGCUUACUCGGAACACGAACUAACCACUUCUAUGGCUUUGAGCUGGUUUGCAAUAACUCAGCUGCAACCGCGGCAUCUCUAGAUGAUGGAUAG